UUCUGCCAGACAGAUACAAGCUGAGACCAAAAAAAUUGUGACAGUCAUCACCAUCAUCAUGAAGGUUUGGAUUGUGUGUGUGCUGCUGUGUGCUGCCUUUACACUGAGGACUGCCACAGCUGCAGCCACUGAGACUGGAACUGAGCAAGAACAGGAACUUCCAGAGGAAACUACUGAACUGGCUGUAGAGGAGUUGGUUGAUGCAGUUGAGGAUAAAGAGGAAGCUCUCAAAGCAGAUGCUGCUGAAGUUAAGUCAGGCUUCUGUCCGCAUGGAUGGAUUAAAUAUAAUUCACGUUGCUUUCGACUCAUGAGGUCAAGUCUGUCCUGGCUUAAUGCUGAGGCACAGUGUGUAGCUGAACAGUCACGACUGGCAUCUGUACGCAAUAUUGGGGAACAUAAAUUCCUGCAGAAUUUGCUGGAAAUGGCUGGUCUAUCAUACGCUUGGAUUGGUGCUUACAACUUCCAGGGAUCAUGGCUGUGGGCUGACACAGCUCGGUUCUACUACAGUAACUGGUACUCACUGAGCAGUGUGACCAGCUACCCAUGUGCUGGCAUGAGGAACAAUGUUGGCUGGUCUAACACUAACUGUAGAAGUGGAUAUCCAUACAUCUGUGCUAUUGACCUAAAUACAUGUUACAGGACAUAG